AUGGAAGAAAAGACAAAAGAAAUCCAUAGAACAACUACACAAUCUUUAUCGACUAGUUUUCAUGGCGACAACAAAAGCGAUGAUGAUGAAGUAUUUUCUGAUCAUAAAUAUAUUCCCGUUGAUCUAACGAGGGAUAUACUAAUGAGACUGCCUGCAAAAUCUAUCUUGAGAUUCCGAUGUGUAUCAAAGCUAUGGUGGUCGAUCACCACGCAACAAGAUUUCAUCAACUCGUUCGCGGUUAGACAAUCAUCAAUUCCUCGCCAAAGACUUCUUCUCACCUUUAACCAAGACGAUACAACACAGAUCUUCUGCUCGCUUCCAUUUGAUGAGAAGUCCAUCACAACUUAUUCUGACGUGAAAAGUUUUCAUUUUACGCCCCCUAUAAAAGGUCGAUACGAGUACUAUCGAAACUCUGUCCAUGGCUUGAUCUCUUUCCAAAAUUUUACAGAGGUUAUAAUUUGGAAUCCCACCAUGAAAGAGCAUGUAACCUUGUCCAAGCCUAUUGACAUGUCUAAGUACGUAGUAAGCUUUUUAGGAUAUGAUCCUACGGAGAAUACAUACAAGCUACUUUCGUUGGCAGAAGGUCUUGGGUGCCGGGACACAUAUCAAAAGCCACAAAUUCUUACACUGGGCAGUCAAGAAGCGUGGAGGGUGACUGAGAAUAGCCCUCUACAUUAUUUUAAAGGUUUUGGGUAUUCCAUCAACGGAGUUGUGUAUUAUGAGGCAAAUAUAUCACGUAAGAGCGUUGAGAUAGUCAUUAUGAGUUUUGAUGUGAGGUCUGAACAGUUCAAGUCACUCCAAAUACCUGGUGACGUCGUUGGAUCAACGCUUGAUAACUUGAUUCAUGAAUCUAUAAUGAGUUACCAAGGAAAAUUAGCAUGGGUUUGCAAUAAUUUUGAUUUUAUCAAGAUAUGGGUUUUGCAGGAUGCUGAUAAACAAGAAUGGUCGUAUAAAGAUAAUAUUAUACCUCUACCUCAAAGAGAUUUGCUUAGGAGUGCUACGUUAAAAGGUGCGACUGAUAGCGGUGAAUUUAUUUAUCUACGGACGAAAUUAAGGUUUAAGGAUAUUUCUGCUUUUUAUUAUGACCCCGUGAGAAAAAGUGUCCGAAGUGUCAAAGCACUUGAAUAUGAUACAUUUAGGCGCUUCUAUGGAUCUUGUAACGAGCCCAUGUAUUGUCUCGAACCUAUUCCGGAUCACAUUGAGAGUCUCAUGUCUCUUAAGGACAUUUGUUCACCCUUUGUGUGACUCUUUCAUGUCUUUUAGCUUUUGUUGCAAUCGUGUAGCUUACUGUAUUUCAUAGUUUGUGAUUCCGCAGCAUUCGUGCUUU